AUGCCUUCCAAGGUUCAACGGCCUCCAGCUGAUGAUGGUUUCUACGUUGCAAUUCCCAGCUACAAGCGUGCGGAGUUGAUCCAGCGAAAGACGCUCGCAGUAUUGCAGAGGCACAGCAUUCCGAAGGACCGCGUCUACAUCUUUGUGGCAUCAGAGUCCCAGUACGCGGUGUACCGCUCUGCAUUGAGUCAGGAAUGGCAAAACAUUGUGAUCGGCGUGCCAACUUUGUGGAAUCAAAGGAAUUUCAUCACAAAGUUCUUCGCGGAGGGCACCCACAUCCUAUCCAUGGAUGAUGAUGUGGAGGACUUGUACCUUUGCGAGCCACUGUCGCCGCAAUCAAGCCCAGAAGUCAAGAGACUUCCCUUACCCAAGGGCGGUGUCUUGGCAAAGAUCGCGGCCAAUGCCAGGGAGAGGAUGCUGUCUGCUGGCUGCUUUCUUUGGUCGUUGAAUGUAAGUGACAAUCCUAUGUUCAUGCGUCACAAUGUACUGUUUACGAACGGCCUCUGCAACGGCUUCUUUUGGGGCUGCCUCAACAGGCACGACGAGGACCUCACAUUGAAGUAUGGCGAUGGCCAUGAGGAUGUGGAAAGGUCCGUUCGGUACUUCCAGAAGGAUGGUGCUGUGCUCCGCUAUAGUUUCAUCUGCGCGACAUCUAGGUGCAAGCUCAAUCCCGGUGGCCUGCAGGCCUCCAUGAAGCCUGGCCAGCGUGCCAAAGAAGAAGAUCGGAGUGCUGUGAUGCUUGUCGAGGAAUUUCCGCACCUUCUCAAGCUGGCUCCAGGCUCUGCUUUAGGUGUAAAGUUCCUGCGCAAUCUCAGUGACCAGCUCGCGGGUGAAGAGAUGCUCUCAUCGAAAGAACUCACCAUGCUGAUAGACCAGACGAGGACUUCUCUGCUUGAAGGUGCAGUCUGGGCAAAACUGCGGCGAACAAUCAACAAGGAUCGCCUUACAGUGGUGUCUGGGACCUUCCAUCGUUGCACCCACAAAGCGGCCUUGUUGAAGAAAGGCUGUGGAGGCUGGGCCGGCUGGGAGUUUGGCGACAGUGCCGCGUUUGAGUCGUGCAGCGGGUCGAAGGUGUGGUGGACUCGCUGCGAUGCUCGAAAGGUUCGUGCCAAUGGCGGCAGCAUCCACAGCCAGGUCUUUUGCCUCAGUGUUCCCGCGGCCUUUCGGCUUGCCGUCACCCUUCUGUCAAACAACUCAGGAAACGGCUUGCAUGUGGACAAAGAUCCGGAUACCCAGGGUCUUAUGGCAAGGAACUUGGAGCCGUCCCAAUGGCUACUUGUUUGGGAGCACUUUUCCGUUUUGCAGGAGCCGGUCGAAGGCGUGGUGGACUCGCUGCGAUGCUCGAAAGGCUUCAGCCUUUGUGCCGUACGCGCUCCAGACCAAGCCAUCCACAAUCUCUAUGUCAAGGAGCUCAACAUGUACCUUAACAAGAUCAACAGAAAGCCUGACAAGUUCAAGAUGGCGGUCCAGAUGCGCAAAAUCGAGGCGUGCUUAAGUGAAUGCAGUUCAGAGAACUCGAAUCACAAGUCCAAGCGCCGGGAUGACACCUGUUGGGAUGCAGCUUGGCUCUCGAUCCUUACCGAUGAGAUCGGCUCAGGCGGGGCCCUGCACUUCGUGGUUGCCAUGCUUCUGGUGUCUCUCCGUACCGCCUGUGCAGCCUUUCCAAUCGGUGGUCAAGCACCAGUCGUGUACGUCGAGGGUAUCGAACUUUUUGACCACAAGUACUUCCAAAUUGCCAUCAACGAGGCACGUGGUAUGGACCCCAUGCAGCGGCAUGUGCUCGAGGUCGGUGCUCAGAACCUCUUCAAGAUGGGGAUCACGAAAGAUAUAGCAAGCCGAACUCCGCAUCAUGCUGGCGUGUCUGUUGGCCUGGAUAAGGAUGACUACGACUCACUCCCUAAGACUCCUGAGCUGCAAGGCUCGGCCAACGUCCAAGCCAUCAUUGCAAACCGCUUCAGCUUCAUCUUCAACCUCAAAGGUCCAAAUUAUGUUGCUGACACCGCUUGCUCGGCUUCGCUCACAGCCACGCAUCUGGCCAAGUUCAUGCUCAGAGAUCAGACGAUAGACAAGAUUGAGUUCCAUAUCGCUCUUGGUAUUCAUCAGUGCUUGUCGCCAUUCCCUUUCGUGGGCAGCUCACAGACCCACAUGACCUCUGCGCGAUGCCGUACGUUCAAUGCUACAGCUGGUGGCUACAUGCGUGGUGAUGGCUGCAGUGGCCUGACGCUGAAGCCUGGCGACUUGCCAGACGAGCGCGAUGCCAUCUGGCGCGGCUCCAUGGUCGGUCAAAACGGCAAGUCAGCUACUCUCACAGCCCCGAAUGGCAUCUCGCAAGAGGAAGUUAUCUGGAAAGCCAUCCGAGAGGCCAAGAUCUCUCCGACAGAGUCCUGUGUCUGGAGCUGCCACGGAACAGGGACCUCGCUAGGCGAUCCCAUCGAAGUCGGCGCAGUUCGCAAGAUUCAGAACAAGGAGCAGCGGGACACAACGCUACUUGUCGUCACGAACAAGUCACAAACUGGGCAUUUGGAAGGUGGAGCUGCCAUGACCUCUUUGCUGGCAGCAGUAUUUCAGGUGAAGGCUUCGUCUGCGAUACCCUGCUGCCACUUACGUCAGCUGAAUCCGCAUUUGGACCAGACCAAUUUCAAUGCAGUGUUCAACAGCGAGUUGAACUCCUAUCAGUACUCACAGGGCAACGUGCACGUCUCUUCCUUCGGCUUCGGUGGCACAAAUGCCCACGCCAUCUUCUGGGGAGAGAACGUUUACCAUGCACCAAGCAAUGCAGAGCUCUACCAGAAACGCAUCUGGAGCAUGUCGCCACCCGAAGUGAGGGUCAAUGGAAGUGACCCUGCUUUGUGGGAUUGGGACGGCCCGGACCAGGUGAUUCUCCCAGGGGACAAGUACUCUAUCGAAAUGAAUCCUGACGAUCCACCCAACGCUCCGCAGCGGUGGUUCAAGGAGGACACCGGGGUCGAGCAUGACGAGGGCGAGGAUGAGGUCUACUGCCUCACAGGCCCUUUCAAUGAGUGGGAUCUUGAGCAGAUGGAGGACGGACCAGUUCCGGGUCUCUGGACCCUAACGGUCAAGGUCCCCAGCAGUGGGCAGGUGGAGUUCCGCAUCCUGAGGAAUGGGAACGAAGACGAGGUCAUCUAUCCUGAUAUGGACAAGUGCUCUCAAAAGCUCACGCCCAUUCAUGGGCCCUCGAAAGAUGAUCAGAGGAACGCCAAGAACACUUGGCUCGCCGAAGGAAUUCCAGGCUCCAGCAUCAAAGUCGAUUUCUUUAGUUGCAGAGGAAUCCGCAGCAUCAACUGGAUGCAGGCCACCCCUGUGCUUAUGUGA